AUGUUUUCAGUCUCUGAUGUUUCAACUUUGGAAAACAAGCCACCAGCCUUCCGGGUCUUCAAACCUUGGUGGGAUACUUUCAUGGAUUAUAUUACCAUCAUUAUGUUGUUGUUGGCUAUCUUUGGCUGCAGCAUACAGCUUUACAUGGAUGAUACUUUAUGCCUGCCAUAUAUCAAUGAAGUUGAUGGAAAGGCAGACUGGCUAAAAUCAAACCAGCUAAAUACUCCAGAAAUAUCUCGUGCUAAUGCUAAUCCACAGGUAAUUAUGAGCCCAACCCUGUCUCCUCAGAUCAGUCAAGGAAGGGUUACAAAGUUAUACAACUGGCAAUACUACUACAUCAAUCAAGUGUGUCACAGUCAAAUUCCUUGGUUCACCAGGUUCUUUUCUUAUGUAAUUUUAUUUCAUACAGUUGGUCUAAUUAUCUGUAGUAAUUUCUGUUUUACAUAUCCUAAAACAAGCUCCAAACUGCAACAAUUUCUUGACAUUCUUCAGAAAUGUCUGCAGUCACCAUGGACAUCCAAAGCCCUAUCAACAGCAAUCAUCGUUGAUGCCAGUGAAGUGGAGAAGGUUCUGGAACCGCAGAAGAGCUCUGAAAAUGAUGCUGAAGAGACUACUCUUAAAGCUGAUCCAUCAGCAAAUAAAGCUCCCACACGCAUUCAAUCAAGCACAAUGGAAACUGAUUCAUCCCUGGACAAGAAGGAUGCAGAGCAAGCCAAAGCUUUGUUUGAGAAAGUAAGGAAAUUUAGACUCCAUGUCGAAGAGAAAGAUACAAUCUAUAAAUUAUAUGCUGGGCAAACAUUGGUCAAAACUAUACAUUGCUUAAUUAUUAUUGGUUACUUUCCAGCCUAUAUUUAUGUUAUUGAAUUUUACAAUAUUUGUGAGCCUAAUGCAUUAUCAUUGGUUUUUUACAAGACUUUCAGAUGUACUUAUACCACUGCUCGUUUCAUUGGGAAAAUGGCCCUGUUAUAUUUAGGAUUAAUAGUUAUCUAUUGGAUACUCUGCAUCCAUACAUUAAUUUGGGUUUUCAGAAAACCACUGAAGCAAUAUUCUUUUGAGAAACGAGGAGAAAGCCAAUUCAGUGAUAUCCCUGAUGUAACAAAUGACUUUGCCUUCUUGAUGCAUUUAAUUGAUCAGUAUGAUACACUGUUUUGCAAACGUCUUGCAGUUUUCCUCUCAGAAGUAAGUGAGAAAAAGCUAAAAUUAUUAAGUUUGAAUAAUGAUUGGACUGUGGAGAAAGUGAAAAAGCAUUUAACUAAAACUAAGAAGGACCAAUUUGAGUUGUACCUAUUCAUGCUAUCGGGAAUUCCUGAUGCUGUCUAUGAUGUUACUGAGAUUCAGGUCUUAAAGCUGGAACUUUGUAGUAAUGUUAAAAUUUCCAACAAAAUUACGCAACUCAGCCAGUUGGAAGAAGUAUGGCUUUCACAUUGUGUAACUGAAGUUACACCAUCAGCUUUGAUAUGGUUGAGAAACCAACUUAAAAAAGUGGGAGUUAAGUAUGUAAAUCGUGAUGAAAUCCCUGAUUGGAUCUACAAACUGAUCCAGCUCAAAGAAUUGUACCUUACUGGAAAGCUAGCUAUUGAAAAGAAAGCUGUAGAACUGGAAUCAAUGAAAGGGCUUCGAUCCUUGAAAGUUCUUUACUUAAAGACAAGUCUCUCUAAAAUACCCUCCACCAUCAUUGAUGUCGCAUUCCACCUGCUCAAACUUUGCAUUCACAAUGAUAAGACCAAACUCAUGAGCCUAAGUAUCUUAAAGAAAAUGGUCAAUCUGACCCAACUUGAACUGCACAACUGUGAACUGGACAAAAUCCCAACAGCCAUUUAUACUUUAUCCAAACUUCAAGUCCUAGACCUUAAGGGUAACAAUCUUACCAAAAUUGAAGACAUUGUCAAUCUGCAAUAUCUAGAGAGAUUAAACUGUUUGAAGUUCUGGUUCAACAUGAUCAAAGUCAUUCCACCAACAAUUAAUUUAAUCAAGAAGCUUGAGUAUCUAUAUUUGUCCAACAACCAGAUUGAGGUUUUGCCAAAAGUCCUUUUCAGUAUUGAGAAACUGUAUUAUCUCGAUGCACAAAACAACAACAUUUCUGUAAUUCCACCUGAUAUUGGGAAUCUUAAAAACCUGUACUUUUUGGAUCUGUGUCACAACAGAAUUGAAGUCCUACCAGAUCAGCUCUUCAAAUGUGUCAAACUCAUGACUCUGAAGCUAAGUAAUAACUUAAUUUCAUCCCUCAGCGGAAAGAUCUCAAGACUCACUCAACUAUCUCAGUUGGAACUCCAGGGAAAUCAUUUGGAAAAACUCCCAUUGGAAAUAGGACAGUGCCUUUUAUUGAAAGUUAGUGGACUUGUCGUAGAACAAUACGUUUUUGAGUCACUUCCUUUAGAAAUAAGGGAGAGCAUAAAUCAGGAAGUUAAUGUUUCGCAUAACUAUGGUGGAAUCUUUACACUGUUCAAAUCAAAUUAG